UUCAUCCCAGGGCAUGUUUAGUCCUGCUCAAGUGAAAACCUGACACCUGACUUGAAAAUUCUAAAACGCCAAGGUGGACUCAGUGAACGUUCUUCCUCACAUUAAGUCCUCAUAGCAUCAUAUUAAUCUACACUGGAUGAUAUUUCUUAGCUGUGUGGGUGUACCUGAUCAAAGUGAUGAGUUUCUCCUCUGAUGCGAGGACACAGCAUGUUUUUGGCUGGGUUUCCAUCAUCUGGUUCACUUCAGCAGUCAGCAUUGCUGGCAGUCAACGUGUGGAGCUACAGACCAUUUCCCAGGUGGCGGCACGGUGUGGGGAAAAUGUGACACUAACAUGUGAUGCCAAGCCAUCAGGCCAGUUGAAGAUUUUCAAUUUUAUCUGGCUGGCUAAAAAUAAAAGUAUGUGUCAAUAUCCAGAAGGCCAAACUUACCCCGAGGUUCUGUGUGAAAGCACGGACCAGCCUCCCCACCACAGCCUCACUCUGACUCUCCUCAACGUGAUGCCGGUCGACGAGGGAACAUACCUCUGCAAACUACAGUCUGAUCUCGGUGCACCGUCUGAGAAAACUGUUGUUACAGUACAAGACUGCCUUGGAAGUUUUGACUCCUCCAUCAAUGAGUCUCAUGCUGAGUGCUGGUUCAGUGGAGUUUACCCCAGUGGAACCAUCUCCUGGUUCCAGGGAGAUGUUAACUUAACCGACCCUGCUAGCACACGUGAAGAGGUGGACCAUCUUGGACUGUACAAUGUCUCGAGUACAAUAGAUGUACAGAAAGGAAACUUGAGCCAGCCAUAUACAUGCUCACUGUGGAUAGCUUCUGCCAGGAAGCAUCUCCAGAGUCAACAGCUACCUGUGGUUAAGAAACAGACCGAGUCAUCAGGAAGCAUGGUCAACCUGCAGUGGAUCUGUGUAAUGGUGGAAAUAAUGAUGGUCAAAUGUAUGACUUAGAGGAAACAGGUAGAUCAUCAGGUGUUCAUAGAAAAGUUGAAGUACGGAAAAAAGAUUUUCUUUUUAAAGAAAACAGAAAUGAAAAGGAGCUAAUUUUUGAGGCAGGAAAUAUAUUAACGGUUAGGAGUAUAAACUUUUUUUUGUUUUCAACAUGCUAUCUGAUGAAGACUUUGACUUAUUCAACAAUGUACAGUUUUCCUAAAAAAAUAGUCUUGAGAUAACUUCUGCUUUGCAGAUACAGCAUCUCUGUCUUCAAUGCCCAGUCUUGUGUUAUCGGUGGUGUUAUUCUAACUUACCAGAAAAUUACUUUGUUAAACCGUCACUUCAUCCUGAGGGCCAGAAGGAGGCAGUCUUCCGAUGUUAGAAGAAUGAUUACAGCAGAUUUACUAAUUUUACACACCUCUUGCAUAUUAGAGCACUAUUCAAUAUUCUGAAUGUAUUGCAAAUACAUAAACACUGAAGGGAAGGAAAUAUGCCAGCUAGUUGUCCAAAAAAUUGCACAGAUUCUCAAAGCAGACAUGAUUCAUGUGAAUGGCUAAGCAGUUACCUGAAGGGCAAUACAAAUUAAAUUACAUCUUUAAAUCAAUUCAAUCUUAAUGAAGAGAUUAGGGAUAAGGUCAAAUAUAAAAUCCCUGUUUUUAAGUGGAAACUAAUUUGAAACACAGCAACUGAUGAUGCAAAUCUUGUCUAGACAAAAUGCUGUGGAUAUUUUGUAUUAAGUAUCUUUUUUAUAUCUGCUUUGUAGCUAUGCUACAUACAAGUUUGAAAUGUACUGCAUUUCAUUGAGGUAAGCUUUGUGAGAAUAUGUCAUGUAAACCUUUUACACCCAUUUCAAAUCGUACAUCCUCUCUUUAUUAGGAUUUGUACACAGUGUUCCUAGCUGGCUGUUCCGACCCAAUGUGUUUGCUCU